GGAUGAUUUCUUGUAAAAUACAUGAUGUCAAGGAAAAGAGGAGGGUGGGAGGGACUCAGCUGCUUACAGUUAAGUGGUGCUGGGAGCACAAGUCUUUUCACUUAUCGGUCCUGUCAGGAGAAGAUGCACUCUUUGACUGAAAAUGCAAAGGAACUCUAAUGUAUCUAAAUGUGGACUUUGCUCGAUCUCCUUGCCUAAGCCAGCCAGAUGAACACACACACAACAGACCACAAGGCCAAGAUAAGGCAUCUGUGUUCCUGCCUUGUCCUGUGCUUGCAAUUGGCCUCUGGUGCUGUACCUGGUCCAUGUCAACACUCUGUGACUGAGGAACAUCUCCUGACUUUAAGAAAACUGAUUAUGAACCAAGUCCAAUAUGGCUGCUCUAUAUCCUUUAGGUUCACUGAACACCAGCACCUGAGUGAUAUCUGUUACAUUAAAGCAGCACUCCCUCACAUCCUGGACCUUCUGAAUGCACACUUCACAUAUGAAAAGGGGGCUGAUAAUUAUCACUACACAAGCUCACUAAAGGAAUUGAUCUACAACAUUUAUUCCCAGAAAUGCGUCCCUCCUAUCGAUGAAGAGAUCGAGGAAAAUCCAGUGAAGUUUGCCAGACUGUACACGUCUUUGCCCAGGGAGGGGCUACAAAAAACAGAGGAGGUUCUUCAGAUGUAUAAAAAGCUUAUGAAUGAAAAUGACAAACCUGUGAACUGGAACUGUGAGGAUGAGUAUACAAAUAAUGUUCCAGAAUCUACCACUGCACCUCCCACCGAAACUACAGAAUGUAAGUGCUCUUGUCUUCAACCUAUGAAGGCAUUUAUGUUCACAAGAUCUGCUCCAACUGCAUCCCCCCACACCCAAUCAAGAGCAUACACCUUCAAGAACAAAAAUGAAGGAUCUAGAGCACCUGAGCCUGCAGUCAACGAUAAAGCAAAAAACUCAACUCCAAAUCAGAUUUCUGUACUUUCCCCAGGUCCUGGCCCUUUUCCCAGCCUGCACACCAAACCUGAACUCAUCACAGACCAGCGUUCUGUAGCAAUUCAUGAGGAAUCUACAAACUUCAUUACUUCCACCACUCCAAAUUUGAUGGAUAACAGCAGCGGUUCUUCUGUAGCCAUGAGGAGUGAGGCACAAUCAGUUACAUCCUCUCCCAUUUCAUCCUUAAGUGAAUUACCAGGCAUACCAACAAGAACUGACCAAUCAGCAACAUCACAGCCAUCUGAAAAAAUCAACAGACCAUUAAUUUCUGAUAGGAAACCGUUGCUACUUCUUGCCAAGAGGUCUUUAGAUACCAGAGAGCAAGGAAUGCUUUCUGAUUCCUCCUCCGAUCUCCUCCGGAGUUGGAUUACUAAAACCAAAGGAAUUAGGAGAAAUAAAAAGUUUAAAGUCUUAGAGAUCACACCUGGAGAAACAGAAAACCAGCAUGCUGAACAUGUUGAACAGAACAUUCCUACACACCUCCAUCUUCAAAUGGCCAAAUCCUUACCAAGAAAUGUGUUUAAAAUAAUCAGCAAGGAUCCAGACUGCAAAGAUUCCAGAUGCACUGAAGGCACUGAAGACAGAUCAGAUCAGAGAUCCAGAGAUCGUGUAAAGAGAGACUCUGGGGAAAUAGAGUACCAACUUAUCCUGAUCUCUGUGUGCACAACAUUCCUGAUUACAGCUGCAUGUGUAUUACUGCUGUUCAUCACUGUCCUCUUCUACUGCAAGCAGCAGCAGAUCAAGGAUCUACAAAAAGAAGACAGGACUGUACACCUCUGAAGGAAGCAACUGGAAAUUUGGAUGAUGCUACUUCCUGCUGAAGAUGUGACUUUACAGAUUAUUAUUUACAGAAUAUUACAGAUGUUUCAUAUGGGUGACUGUAACAGUUUGAGUGAAUGUUGUGGAACACAAAAAUGUACAUUUUUCAUAAAUGAUUAUCGAUGACUAAUGUUAAAAGAUGUUUCACACACACACACACACACACA